CUCCGAAGGUGGAUAGUCAGUAUGUCUCUCCCAGUAUUGCAGCCACCGGCAGAUCGAUAGGAAUCCUGUCGCAAAAAGAAGAGAAAGGAAGGGUGACCCGUCGUUUCCUGCCUCACGCCUGCUGGGAAUUUGAGUCCCUUCCCAGAGCUUGUCACCAUGUCACCCGUGCCAGCCUCGGCGUGAGCGGCCUUUCCCCAAACGCCUGCUGGAAAUUUCCAGAGGCACCACAGCAGUCCCGGAAACAAAUACCUGCUGUGCCUCCCUGCAGGCGCUUCUUUUUGGGAUCUGUUUCUCGUGGCAGGCACGCCAUGCUCUGCUUCACCGACUGAAUUUAAGCCUCUUAACAUGCUGCUCAGUUGGAGGGGUUCAUAUUAAGGCUCAGGUGUUUUGUAGAAACUGGAGUUUUUACCUCAAACCAAAACGUGCAUUUCAGUGAGACACAGCGGAGCAAAGUGAUAACAUGCCAAGUGUGGGGAAACUGGGGUAAAACCCAGUUUCGCAGAACGAGCUUCGCACAGGAAGGAGCAUCUUUGCCUGAUUAUAUGUUCACAAUUAAUAUGCUCUAAUGAAGCAGACUGGAGCCCCAUCCUGCAACAACUGCUGAAUCCCAUUUAAAGUCUCCAGCAGCCAUACAGAAUUAGUCCCAGCACCGUGACUUUUCCAUCAUGUCAGAACCUAUCACGCUCAAUGUUGGCGGAAAACUCUAUACCACCUCUCUGUCCACUCUGACUAGCUUUCCAGACUCCAUGCUGGGGGCCAUGUUUAGUGGGAAGAUCCCAACCAAGAAGGACAGCCAAGGCAACUGCUUUAUUGACAGAGAUGGCAAAAUCUUCCGCUAUAUCCUGAACUUUUUACGAACUUCUCACUUGGACCUCCCUGAAGACUUUCAGGAAAUGGGCUUACUGCGGCGGGAAGUAGAUUUUUAUCAAAUUCAGCCCCUGAUUGAGGCCUUGCAGGAGAAGGAGGUAGAGCUUUCUAAAGCAGAGAAAAAUGCCAUGCUCAACAUCACCCUCGAUCAGAAGACCCAGACCGUUCACUUCACCGUCCGAGAAGCACCCCAGAUUUACAGCCUGUCUUCCUCCAACAUGGAAGUGUUCAGCGCUCAUAUCUUCUCCACGUCAUGCCUGUUCCUGAAGCUUCUUGGUUCCAAACUUUACUAUUGUUUCAAUGGAAACCUUUCCUCAAUAUCCAGUUACCUGCAGGACCCCAACCACUUGACGUUAGAUUGGGUUGCAAGUGUGGAAGGCCUUCCUGAAGAGGAGUACACCAGGCAGAACUUGAAGAGACUCUGGGUGGUGCCAGAUAAUAAGCAAAUCAAUAGUUUCCAGGUGUUUGUGGAAGAAGUGCUGAAAAUAGCCAUGAGUGAUGGUUUCUGCAUAGAUUCUGCUCAUCCACAUACUUCAGAUUUCAUGAAUAAUAAGAUUAUUCGCCUAAUUCGGUACAAGUAGGAAUGGCUGUUUGUUGUGGUGCCAGCAUGGAGAUAACACAGGUUAAGUGUUUCCCUUUAAAACACACUUACACCUAAUUCAGAAUCAUGCUUACCUGGAUUAAGAGUCACUAACAAGGAGAUGAUUUUCCUUUAAUGUACUUACCAAUACGACCUUUCAGAAUAUGUCCAUAUUCCAGACAGAAGCAAUAUUGUCUAGCACCUGAAUUAAGGACUGGCUUUGUCUCUGUCUCUGCGUCUGACCUGCUGUACAAUUCUGGGGAAAAUCACUUCUGUGCUCUCUACGUUUUCCAGUUGGAAAAUGGGAGUGAUCCUUAACCUGCAUUGUCAGGGGAUGUGAGGGUUCGGUAACCAUGGUUUGGAAUGUAUCUGGAGAACAGAUGCAGUGAAAGAUACCAUGGACAGCACACAGCCCUAGGAGCACAUUUGCCGUGUCUUGCUGUAUCACCUGUGCGGAGCAUCCAAGAAGUUUGUUUGGAUCCACGGAGAAGAAGCCUUCCCACGUGCACUCAAUACAGCUGUAAAGGAUGGUGCAAAUUGCAAAUGAGUAAGGGAUCCUGUCUCUUUGGGUUCAACAAAGGAUUUCUGUCACCCUGUGAAGCUGGCUUGGGUUUUUUUCUGAACCCUGUGAGGAAGCCCCUGCUUUAUUCUGCUUUCAGGGAAGCCGUGUUGGGAUAAUGUGACUGGCAAGGAAGCCAUAGAAGAGAGAAUGGUGUUCCUACAAACCAAGAAGAUUAAACCUUUACUUUUACAUUCCAAAAGCAUCCAAGAUAACUAGUCCUUUUCUUUCUCUUACAAUGUUAAUAUUUGUCUGGAGGAUGCUGCUGAAACUUUCUAAGGUGAAGACAGAUUUUGGGGCAGAGGCUCCCAAAUGUCUUUUAAACAUUUGAGCCUCUUUUGGGCACAUGUCCCUUCAGCAGUGCCUGGAAUGCAUAGGGUGCUCUCUGGGUAGGAUGGAUUUAAUUUGAAAAGACAACAUUCUCACCAGGUUACACCUAAUAUUUUUCAUUGCAAAAACGGGGUCAUUUUUCCUAUCCUGGUACAUUGAGCCUUUUUUUGUUUAAUAUCUUAGUGAAACGGUCAGGUCACUAAAAGAAUUUUACCUGCUUGCGUGGCUUCAGUGUCGGCUUGCCAGAGGGAAGGCAGUGGGAAACCAGAGGUCAAGCUCUUCCCUACACACUGGGUCUGUGCUGUAAUGGAGAUCAUAACUCACUAGCUGCACGUUGUGUCUAAACAUCAUUUGUGCCACAUUCAAGAUGGUUCUUUCUCAGCUAAUUAUGUUUAGAAGUAUCUUAACUGUAUUUCCCUAGCCAGAUUGCUGUGAGUGCAUGAAAGGCCCUCUGGAACAUUUUCAGGUAUCUUUAGUGAGACAGAAGGGAAAAUGCAAUAACUAAGUUUUGCAUUUAGAGUUUUAGUGCUUCCAAAGGUUUCUAGCACAGGGCUACAAAGCUCUGUACUAUGCAUGUUCUUGCUUCCCAAAGUAACUACUCUGUCAUUACAAUAACCUGACCUGUGAACAAGCAUAAAGAAGCUUUUUUUCUUGUAAAAAAACAGUGUGAUCAAUAUAUUUCUACUGUCCCAAGCUGUGAUUGCAUGAACAACACAAAUCAGCAUGCUGAUGGGUAAAAUGCACAUUCUGCAGCUGUUGCCAGCCUGUUAUGAAUCACUGCCCUUUGUGUGACUUGGUGCUAAACCAGUAUAUACGUGGGACCAUGUUGUCAGAAAGCGCUUAUUGGGCUUGAAGCCCUCUGAACCACUAAACAUGGCACAUUUUGUUAAUUUUGAGGAUUGUAAUUUUUGUUGAUUUUGAGGAUUUUUUGGCCAAUUCCAUUUCGAGUCACCUUGUUCUUCUAGUUUUCGUUGCAUUAGGAAGAACUUUUUCUUUUCUAUCCCUGUCCUGAAUUAUAAAGUACGAGUUUGCCAGUCAGCUGGACAUUCACAGGGAUGAUCUGUGCUGGUAAUAUGAUUAUGAUAUGUAAAAUGAACCUUCUUUCAUCACAUCUGUGACUUGAAACAGAUAUGCCUUUGCUGAAUUUAUGAUAACAGAGCUUUUGGGAACUGUUGACAGUAUUUCUUUUUAACCUACACCCUUGAGAGUAGAUUUUAAAUGAUCUGUAACCGGAGCUCUUGUAUGUCAUGACUAAAAUAAUACUCACCUGUAGGAAUUUGUUUCCUGUCAGCUUGAGUUUAUCCAAAGGUAAGAGCAAUGGGCUUAGACAUCAUUUAGAAAGGUAGGGGGGUAAAAGUCUGACCUACACCCUUUAGAGCUCUGGAUCAGUACUGCUCCAUUCUGUUUCAGCAAAAUAAAAUAUUCCAUGGGAGAGUUGAAUCAUUACUGCAUUUUUUUGGUGAAAGGCAAGUAAGAGGAGUCUGUAAAAGGAGAGAACUGGACAGAGAUCUUCACCUGGAGUGCUUUAACCCAUCAGUCUGUUAUGCAAAAGAUGAACAAAUUGAAUACACAUUUAUUUGUGUGCAUGCAACUAAGUCAGGAGAAGGUACAGCCGGCCCCAGAUCUCUGUCAUUUAUUAAGAGACAGUGAGAUGCAAAAUAUCUCUCGUUUAUAUAUGUAGAUAGAUGGAGAAUUUCCAACCAGUAUAUAGACAUGAGUGAAGCCAUGCUUUGGGAGGAACAGAAAAACUUGAGGUACCUCUGACUUGCUAAGCACAAUAAACAUCCUUAAGUAUGAGGUACUAUUUAUACUGGAAAUGGGCGGUAAGUGGAUCGCUUGUGAUUGCAGUCAAACAUACGUUCUACAAAUGCAGCUGCUAUUUCAAACUCGCACUAAGCUCAAUUUAUAACUGCUCCCAAUUCUGCAGUCUGUGAGUUAUGGUAUAAUGACUGUUCAUAGGAAGGUUCUCUCUCCAGAGCAUUUGUUAGCAUUUUAUCUGAAUAGCUGGUGUUUGUUUAACUUCUUUUUCUGAGCUCUGGAGGUGUAACUUGCUCUUGUUUACCAGUCAACAGCACUGAUAAUGAUUCUUCUCAAGAGUUUUCCUGAAUUAAAGAGAAGCAAACAUGCACAAAGCCAUACUAAGUAUAGCACAACCCCAUCACUAGUCAUGAAAAGCACUUGGCAUUUAUUAGCAGUAACAGCUAAAAAUUAUUUCACUGUGGAGUGGAAUAUUCACUCUCAGAACAAACAGUUUCUUUUCCUGGAAAGGAUCUAGUGACAUUUUCUUCCCUUAAUGUUUCAUGGCUGUUUUCUUCUACAUCUUGGUGCCUAACUCCUGAUUCUGCCUAAAAACCUUAGUGUACAAAAUGAGGCCAAGCCCUGCAAUUUUUUUUUAAUGGCCUGAAUUUUUUUUUCCUAAAUGACCACUGAAUAGAGUGUUCAGUAGUGUUAGAGCAGGAGAAUACCAGAGUUAGGGCAGACAAUAAACUAGAUUUUAGCUGUAGUCCAAUGGCAUUCUCAGAUCUGGACAUGUGCAUAGCACAGUGGCAUUUCUUACAUGACAGAAACACUAUUAUGAAACAUCUUAAUGGACUCCAGGAAGAAUCACUCAUGGGUUUGUUUAUGUAUUUUUAGGCUUGAUAUCUCUUCAGUAUCUAACAACGUCCAGUUACAAAGACAAGACUGAAACUGUACGUAAAUAUUAAGAGAUACCUGGUUUAUACAGCUGUUAAGCGUUGGGAGGAGUUGAUGGGAGGAGUGUUUGUUUUGCAGGCAAUGGUAAAGAAAUAAAAGAAGUAGCUGUAAAAAGUUAGAUCUGAAAGAAUUCAUAUUCACAAGAAAUCCAGGAUUUAGAAGGGAGAGAAUAAAAAUACCUUGAUGUGUUCGGGGGGAAAAAAACCAGCAAGAUAACAAUGGAGACAAAGAUUUUGCCACAAGAGGCUGCGAUUAGAAUGAUUUACUAGUCCUUUCCAGUUUUAAUCUCCUAUUAUGCACUUUAAAUGUGGGUCAUGCCAAGAGUUAUGCUAGUAGCUUCUCGGGAGCAGGCAGCUUUCCUUCAAUUUGCAUGUGCUUCAAGUCACCAAACAUUUGCACUGCUGUACUUAGCACAUUAUAACUGGGUUGUUGAGUAUAAAUUGCUGCUCCAGUUCACUGGCAGCAAAUAUCUGCAGUCAAUCAGAUCUAUUCCCAGGAAUAAAAGGCAAGGUGGAAGGGCUGAUGGAGUCCAUAUAUAAGGCUGAUGGAAGUGAUAAAUACUGCCUUCAGCCACAGACUCUGGAAAAUAAAUCUAGGAUCUUCUGACACUUCACAGAUAAAUGAAGAAGUUAUGAAGAAGACUCCUUUGGGGAAUUUCAUUUUCACCCCAUCCCAUUGAAUUUGGUGCCACUGCUCAGAAUUUCAAUGUAUUUUGAAAUUUCUGACCUCCAUUCUGCAUCCACAUGCUGAUGGACACAAAUAUGCAGGGUACAAGCAGUGCUAAUUUGUGGCCCUCCCUGUAAGAGUCUCAUAUGUGAAUUAGUACCGGCAGUCACAGGUAUUCCAUGUAAGAAGGGCUGAUGGAGUAUAAAUAUCCAGAUCAAGCUCACAGGUUCACUUGGGAAUAACACAAGAAAUGUUUUCCCUAUGAAUUCAGAAAAAAAAGGAGCUAUAGGGGAGGGCUAUAUCUAAUAAUUUCUUUUCUCUUCAUCCUCUUGGCAUUCCCCUCAGUAUUUUCAUGCUCCAACUCCAGUUACAGAUUUUCCCAUUGAUAGUAAUUUGGACCCCAAUUCACUAAAAGCCAUGCUUUUGAAUCAAUAGUGUUUGAAAAGUGUGAAAAGAUGGUCUUUAUUGCUUACCACCUUCACAGAGAGCCUGUAGGGCUAUCACAUUUAAAAAUCUGGUUGCAUUUCUCUGCUUGUAACUCUUUCUGUGAACUGUUACUAAUAUGUAUUUUAGAAAGCAGUAAAUAAAAUGUGAACAAAGCAGGA